AUGUCGACGAUUACGCGAACGCUGUCCAACCUGCGAAAGGUUGGAAUCAAGGAUUACUUCCGACAGAUGCUGUACAUCGGUGACACCAAGUACGGUCGUCUCAUCGGUACCGAUCGCGCGGGCAACAAGUACUUUGAGAACAACGAGGAACUGCCCCUCCGAACGCGCUGGGUCGAGUACGCCAAGCACGACUACGACGCCGCCCACAUCGAGCCCGGAUGGCACUUGUGGAUCAGCUACGGCGUCGACAAGCCCCCGACCGAGGAUGCUCUGUUGAAACCGGGUACCCGCCACUUUGAGCCCACCAAGGCCAUCCCCAACUAUACCCAGAGCCGAGGAGCCUUCAAGACCUACAACACGGCCAAGUCCAAGAUCACGGCAUGGGAGCCCGUGGCUGCUCCCCGGGCAUGA